AUGGAAACGAGCAGUGGUUCAGAAGCAGAAGCAGAGGUCACGGUACCUGUGAACUCAGCGACACACUCGAAGUUUGUCAAAGAGAGAGCCGAGAUCGAGCAGAAUUACGCCAAACAGCUCAGGACUCUGUCUAAGAAAUAUUCCAGACGGGGUGUCAAAGAAGAUCAGGACACAAAGCCGAGCAAUCAGCAGGCGUUUCAGGAUGUGCUGAAUCAGCUGAACGAUUACGCGGCUCAGAGAGAGCAGCUCUCCGAGAGCAUGACGCUGAGCAUCUGUGUGGAGCUCAGCAGAAACCUGCAGGAGCUGCGACAGGAGCGCAAGAACCAUCUCUGUGAGGUUAAGAAGGCUCAGCAGAACCUGGAGAGCAGCUCUAAACUGCUGGAGACUAGUAAGAAGCGUUUUGAGAAGGAAUGGAGAGAAGCAGAGAAGGCCAAUCAGCAGACAGAGAAAGUCCAGCUGGAUGCCAACGCCACGAGAGCAGACGUGGAGAAGGCCAAACAGCACGCUCACCUCCGCGUGCACUUAGCCGACGAGUGUAAGAACGAUUACGCUUCACAGCUGCAGAAAUACAACAAUGAACAGAACAACUUCUACCACUCAGAGAUCCCGUCUGUGUAUAAGAAGCUGCAGGAAAUGGAGGAGCGGCGCAUCAGAUUGUUAGCUGACGGUUACGUGCAGUUCUCUGAAACUGAGAAGAACGUCCUGCCCAACAUCAACAAGUGUUUGGACGCCAUCAGCUCCACUGGGAGGAACAUCAAUGAGAAACAAGACACUCUGGCUCUUAUAGAGCAGUAUAGAUCAGGCGCGGCGCCUCCUGCUGACGUGGAGUUUGAGGAUUACAGUCAGGGAGUCAAAGCUGCUGCAUCUGACAACACUACGACACACCUGCCGAAAGUCCGCAUCAAACAGCUGUUCCACAAGAAAAACAAGGUGACGUCUUCUGAUAAAAACACGCCGUCUUCGCUGGAGGAUCUCUCUCGUCUCCCUCCGGAUCAGAGAAGGAGACGUCUGCAGGAGAAGUUCGAUGACAUCCAGAAGGAGCUGCAGAGAGAGACGGAGCAGAGCGAGGCUAUGAUGAAGAUGAAGGGUGUUUAUGAGCAGAACUCUCAGCUUGGAGAUCCGUCCAGCCUUCAGCCUCAGAUCAUACAAACCGCUCAUAACAUCGCCAAACUGAGAGGAGAGCUCAAUAAAUACCAGGUUCAGCUCACUGAAGCCGGCGGUGGGACGCUGCAACACUAUCCCGCCAGUUCAGAGUACAUCACCGUGCUGAGUGAGUCCAGCGUGUCUCCGUCAGAGAACAUCUAUGAAUGUGAAUUUGAUGAGGACUUUGACAUUGACGUGCCCAUCGGUCAGUGCACAGCACUCUAUGACUUUGACGGCGGCAGCGAAGGCGCCGUGAGCAUGCAUGUGGGCGAGCAGCUGAGUCUGAUGCAGGAGGAUCAGGGCGACGGCUGGGUCCGAGUACAGAGGGCCAAUGGAGACGUGGGAUACGUGCCGGCGUCCUACAUCCAGAUCAUCUGAUCGCACCUGCAGCCAGCAUCAGAAACAGCUGAUAGCGUGUUUCACAGGAGUGUGAGCUGUGCUCAUCUGACUCCAUCAACUCUAGUGCUUUUAUGUCACAGGGAGUGUUUUCACGUUUUUCAUGUUGCACUUUUUGAUUUCUUUCUUUUCUGUCAGCAUGCAUUAUGCUGCUUCUGGUGAUUUUCUGCACAUCUGUAGUUUUAAAAUGGAUUUUAGUUGUCUUUUUCUAUUGUGUUUGUCUACUGUUGCACGCCUUUUGUAUCGCAUUGUUGUAACUUCAUGAUGCAUAAUUACAGUCCAUUGUGUCCAAAUGUGUGCUGAUUGAUUGGUGUAUUUAUUUUAAAGAUCCAUUCAACCCAAAAACGAUAAUUAUAAUGAUAUCUAUAUUAGUGUUCACACCAACAUAUCAUUCUGUUUAUUGGUAUAAGUGCGUCUGUCACUUUAAAUGCUUGAGCAGCCACAAAGACCAACAGUCAAGGUCAGACUUUUCAUUAAAUAAUAUAUUACAUUUCAAUUUGAUCAUAAACUCCAAGAACACUUGGAAAAUAUAACUUUUGUUGCGUGGGAUCAUUUCUGUUAUAUGAUGUGGGUGUCAUUCUGUGUCAUUAUAUGGAUGAGCGCGAAUGGGACUUUU